CAUCGACUCCCAAUUUCUCACCCUAAUUUCGCUAUCCAAUACAACUUUUUCUUAGAUCCCUAGUCGCUUCUCAAUUUACCGUUUGCUUUUCUAUUCGCACCGUCCAAUUUUUCCCCUUUCCUCUUUUUAUUCUUUAAAGCUCUCUUUUCGUUUCUCGUUGCAUAUUUGAUUUCGAUUGUUAAUUUUAUCUUUCUUUAUAUAUUUCUAUAUGAUACUUUUUGUUCUGAUUGACGGUUUAGUUGAUCCGUGGUGUUUCGUGUUCUCCGUACUUCAAUGUAUCUCUGAAUUUUAUUUUAUUUUAUUUUGAAGUGAUUUGGUGUGCUUAUUGAUUAAUCAAAUGUUGUUAGAGUCAAUAGAGUGUGUGAGGAUUUUAUCUGGAUUUGUUUAUCGAUUCCUUCAUGCUGUUUUUGUUAUUUUUUUAAUGUUGAAAUUUACAUUUUCUCCAAUGCACUAUUUGUUUUUCCCUGGUGUGUUGUUGGUCACAGUAUUCCUAAAGUGAAUGCUUUUCAAUCUAAAGAGACUGUGAACUUUGUUAACUUGCAAUAUUGAGGGGUGGGUGAUAAUUUUCACUGUCACAGCUGUGGUUCGGUUCCUUUUCUUCUCAAAUAAUAUUUUUUGAGUUCUUUGGAUGAGUGCUUUCCUCUUCUUUCAGGGUUAGGUUUUUUAUGCUUAUUGCUUAUGAUGAUAUAUUUAUGCUUACUUGAUACGAGUGAUUUGUGGUUUAUCCUAUUUUCAUUCAGGGCAAUCAUGAGUGACGAAGGAGAAAGAACUUGUCCUCUCUGUGCUGAAGAGAUGGAUUUGACAGAUCAGCAGUUGAAGCCUUGCAAAUGCGGCUAUGAGAUCUGUGUCUGGUGCUGGCACCACAUAAUGAACAUGGCUGAGAAGGAUGACACUGAGGGGCGAUGCCCUGCAUGUCGCUCUCCUUAUGAUAAGGAAAAGAUUGUUGGGAUGGCUGCAAACUGUGAGAGAUUGGUGAAUGAAAUUAAUAUGGAGAAAAAGAAGACUCAGAAAGCAAAGUCUAAAUCAUCUGAUGGACGUAAGCAGCUCAGCAGUGUGCGAGUGAUUCAGAGGAACCUUGUUUACAUUGUUGGAUUGCCUCUCAAUCUGGCAGAUGAAGAUCUUCUUCAGCGGCGAGAGUAUUUUGGUCAGUAUGGGAAGGUCUUAAAAGUGUCAAUGUCUCGGACUGCAUCUGGGUUCAUUCAACAGUUUCCGAAUGAUACUUGUAGUGUAUAUAUAACUUAUUCUAAGGAAGAGGAAGCAAUUCGUUGUAUUCAAAAUGUACAUGGAUUUGUUUUGGAGGGUAGACCUUUAAGGGCUUGUUUUGGAACCACAAAAUAUUGUCAUGCAUGGCUCCGAAAUGUGCCUUGCAGCAAUCCUGAUUGUCUAUAUCUGCAUGAGAUUGGCUCUCAAGAAGAUAGUUUUACAAAAGAUGAAAUAAUUUCAGCAUACACUAGAAGUCGAGUUCAACAAAUCACCGGUGCCACAAACAAUAUGCAACGCCGAUCGGGGAAUGUAUUACCUCCGCCAAUGGAUGAUAGUACGAGUAAUUCUUCUGCAAAGCCUAUUUUGAAAAAUGCUUCAAGUAACUCUGUUAGCACUGUAAGAGGUUCACCUCCGAAUGGAAUCUAUGGGAAACAUAUUGCUCUACCGGCUAGUGCUGCAUGGGGUACUCAGACUACAAAUUGUCAGCCCCCUGCUGGAGGCCUAUCAUAUGCAAAUGGGCCAUCCAAGCCAAAAUAUGAUGCAGUCAGCAGCACACUAGCCUUUUCUGCAGCUGUUACAGGCUCAAAUCAGGCUUCUGAUGUUAUAAAGAGGCCACCGUCGAGUGAUGGGAGUCAUAGUAUAAUACCUGGAGUGAAAAGUGAAUUGUUGAAACCUGUUAAACAAUACAACAAUAGCAUGGACAGUCUGGGUAGUGCAGGAGAAAAAACUUCAUCUUCUGAUGCUUCCCCUGUGCCUGUGAAUUUGAACAUUCAGUUGUCUUCUCUACCAUUGUCCCGAGAUAGUGAUGGCAGUUGUACUACUGCAGACGCGAUAAGUUCUACUAACAUUACUGGACAGUCUUGUAAUUCUGGUCCUGAGGAAGCAAUGACUGCUACCAAUGAAGAGAUUCAGAAGUUGUCCACUGAAUUGUCCUCAAUUAACAUUGAUAAAAAUGCUGAACAUUAUGGUAUAACCAAACCUAGUAGCUCACCUACUGAUUAUGUCUUGAUUAAAUCACCUCAAAUUCAAGGACCACAACAUAAUGUUGACAGAUUUACAGAUACAGUAACGGCAAAUGUGGCUGGUAAAGCUACAUCAGAUAAUGGGGUUUGUAACUCAAGGGAACAGUGUGAUUGGAGAUCGGAUUCUCAAUCUCUAGUAGUGUCAGACACUGCUGAAAUUGAUGACGAUGUAACAUCUUUUGAUAAUCAAAGACUGAAGGAUCCAGAAGUUGUUUGCCGGUCUUAUUUGCCAAAGUCAACCAGUUUCCUUCAUGUAUCAAACCAGUCAAACCCUUGUCUUCUGCAGCAUGGUGAACCUUGUACUGCUAUAAAUGUAAAUGCAAGUUCUCUAUCUUUUGAUGAUCGAGUGCAGGAUGAAUCUAUGUUACAUGCAUCUAAAGUAAUAUCUAAUCGCUACCCUGAGAAAUUUAGUGGUAGCUCUUAUGGUUUACUUCAUGAUGAAAGAAAUGGGAAAAGUAUUGGGAGAUUAGUUGGUGAAGCAGUUCAUACUGGAUGUGAUGCUUCUAUGGAUAAGGGUGAAAGUAGUAUCAUUUCAAAUAUAUUAUCCAUGGACUUUGAUUCCUGGGAUGACUCACUAACAUCACCUCAUAAUUUAGCUAAGUUGUUGGGUGACAAUGCUCAUAACCAGUCUGGUCCUUUGAAAAAGUCUAGUUCUUGGAAAGUUCAAAGUAAUAAUCAAUCAAGGUUCUCUUUUGCUAGGCAGGAGGAAUCCAAAUUCCACACCUUUGAUGUACAUGCACCUUAUGGUGUCGGCCAGCAACAGCCAAACCAUCCAGUCAUUCAGAAUUUUACAGAAAGAGACUUGUAUAUGGAUAAGUUGGGUAUUCCAAAUGGCUAUCCUACCAAUAACUUUGAGGAAGCUGAAAAUACUCAUUCCAUUGCAUCUUCUAACAAGCUUUCUGCCAUUUCAAGAGCACAAGUUUCAGCCCCGCCAGGAUUUUCAGCUCCAAGCAGGCCACCGCCACCUGGUUUCUCUUCCCAUGAGAGGGUGGAGCAGGCUUUUGACUCCGUUUCUGGGAAUUCACUGGUUGACCACUCUUCUCUGCUGAGAAAUUCAUAUCAGACACCCUCAGCUGGAAAUAUUGGUGGUGCAGGGGACAUUGAAUUUAUGGACCCUGCUAUUUUGGCAGUCGGCAAGGGGAGACUUCAAGGUGCACUAAACAGCCCAGCACUGGACAUGCGAUCAAAUUUCAUGCCACAAUUAAAUUACUUUGAAAAUGAUGCCAGACUACAAUUACUAAUGCAAAGAUCUCUCUCACCGCAGCAAAACCUUAGAUUUCCUGAAAUUGGGAAUAAUUUUUCUCAACUUGGUGAUUCUUAUGGUGUUUCUUCAAGGUUAGAUCAAUCACAAGUAAGUAAUCUAGGUCCAUUCCCACAGCUGUCUCUGCAGCCAUCUGCAAAUGCAGUCUUGUCAAAUGGUCAAUGGGAUGGGUGGAAUGAGAUGCAAAGUGGGAAUGGUUUGGGUGUGGCCGAGCUUUUGAGAAAUGAAAGACUUGGGUUUAAUAAAUUUUACUCAGGAUAUGAUGAUUCAAAAUAUCGGAUGCCAAAUUCUGGGGAUCUUUACAACAGAACAUUUGGGAUGUGAUAUUUUGCUUGUUAUGAUGUCCUUGUUAUUGUUGGAAAUGGUAAAACCUGGCAGAAAUGGACAAUUUUUGGUGUUGCGGAACGGAUUCUUGACUGGUCUAUUGGGCCUACCUAAUGAUGAAGCUCCCAAGAAGUGUAAUUUAUGGCUGCAUUUGUUCUGGAUUGGCAGAAGUGAGCUGUGUUGGGCUUUUGAGAUAUCAACUGUCAGUGCUAACGUGAUAAAACUGGCAGGUAGAUCUUAGUUGAGUGUUUCCUUCAAAAGUACAGAGCAUGGAAACGUGUUGAUUCAAAAUCAAGUAGAUCAAUCGCUUUUAUUGUUUGUAACGUUUUUAGUUUAACUACCCUUGUGGGUAGUAUAAAGGUUUGAUCCGACUGGUAAAAGGGAAUAUAUUAUGACAGCAAGAUUUACAUCUUUGAUAAAUCAUAUUGGGAAUUAAAUACAUCGCUUUUUAACUGGAAAGAUCCAUGUGAUGUGUAAUACUGUUGCGCUCUUUCAGAGUUUGUGGCCUUUUUUCCUUGUCAAUGAUUUUAGUUAUAUUAAAUUUGCCUUUUCUUUCUGUGCAAGCUUUUUUCAUGUAAUCCCGUCAUAUAUAUUCAUCGCUAGAUCAGAGUUCUCCCUUAAUCUAGUCAUGGAUCACUGCUACUUCUAAAUGAACGAAUUGUUUUUUCUCGAUAUUAUUUGCUCCCCGUUGUUUGGUUAGUGUAUUUAGCUGUUUCUGAUUUUGAUACCGUUUUCUCAAAACUAAUAUAACCAGCAGGGACGACCCAACCCAUGACUCGGGAUGAAUUACUUUGCUCAUGGUUCCAUCAGCAGUCAAUAUUUUGCAUUUUCUGGUGCAGCUGAAAAUCUUAAAUGUACAUUAUAAUGCAGAGGACAU